AUAGACCCUCAAGGAGAAUUAUUUCAGGUUACCGAUGAGGAAUCAAAAUUAUCGUUCUUAGUAAAUGUUUCCGAAUUCAAACCAGAUGAGCUGACAGUGAACAUCGAUGGUCGGACUCUGACCGUUGAAGGCAAGCAAGAAAUAACUGAAGGCUCAAAUUACACCAGCAGGUCACUCCUUCAGCGAUGGACUCUUCCAGAAGACGUUGACGUCGACCAAAUACGAUCCACUCUUACUGAAAACGGUCAGCUGUCCAUCGAGGUGCCCAAGCCGAAACCAUUGUCACUGCCAGAACCAUCCCGAUCCGGAAGGCUGCCCAUCGGCCGUAAAGUGAGGCCAAUUGCUGCCUUGUUGUCGUAA